AUCCAGAACAAGCGCUUCUACCUGGACGUGAAGCAGAACGCCAAGGGCCGCUUCCUCAAGAUCGCCGAGGUGGGCGCGGGCGGCUCCAAGAGCCGCCUCACGCUCUCCAUGGCCGUGGCCGCCGAGUUCCGCGACUACCUGGGCGACUUCAUCGAGCACUACGCGCAGCUGGGCCCGUCCAGCCCCGAGCAGCUCGCCCAGGCCGCGGGGCCGCCGGGCGAGGACGGCGCCGGGCCCCGCCGCGCCCUCAAGAGCGAGUUCCUGGUGCGGGAGAACCGCAAGUACUACCUGGACCUGAAGGAGAACCAGCGCGGGCGCUUCCUGCGCAUCCGCCAGACCGUGAACCGCGGCCCCGGCGGCCCGGGGGGGUUCGCGGGGGGCCCCCCGGGGCUGCAGAGCGGCCAGACCAUCGCGCUGCCCGCCCAGGGCCUCAUCGAGUUCCGCGACGCGCUGGCCAAGCUCAUCGAUGACUACGGCGGCGAGGAGGACGAGCUGGGCGGCCCCGGCGGCGGCGGCCCGGGCGGCGGGGGGCUCUACGGGGAGCUGCCCGAGGGCACGUCCAUCACCGUGGACUCCAAGCGCUUCUUCUUCGACGUGGGCUGCAACAAGUACGGCGUGUUCCUGCGGGUCAGCGAGGUGAAGCCGUCCUACCGCAACGCCAUCACUGUCCCCUACAAGGCCUGGGCCAAGUUCGGCGGCGCCUUCUGCCGCUACGCCGAGGAGAUGCGCGACAUCCAGGAGCGCCAGCGGGACAAGCUCUACGACCGGCGCGCCGGCCCCCCCGGGCCCGGCAGCGGCAGCGGAGCCGGCGACGACUCUGACGGCGACGACGUGGACGACGACUGAGCCGACCCCCACCCAGCCCUCGACCCCCCGACGCCGGCCCCCUACCGCCCCCCCCCGAGCCCCGGGGCAAAGGGGCCCCCGAUCCCCCCUCCCAGUGACGGGGCAGAGGGGUUCCCAAACCCCCGAGCCUCCUCCCCCAAAACAGCGAUGGGGCAAGGGGGUCCCCGAGCCCACCCCCCCUCCCAGCGACAGGGUGAAGGGGUCCCCAAACCCCUCCACGCCCCUGCUCCCAGCAACGGGAUGAAGGGUCCCCGGCAGUGGUGGGGCGCGGGGGUCUCCGAAACCCCCCCGAGCCCCCCUCCUGCAGCCACCGGAGAGAGAAACCGGCCCGAUCGCGCCGCUGCCCGCGGCUCCUCCCCCGCCGUGGGACCCCCAGGACUCGCUGCUUUGGGGAGAGACAGGGGCUCACCCGCAGCCCCCUCCCCUCCCGAUGCCCUCCCAUUGAAACCAGCACCGAGGGCCCCGGAGCCGGGGGGGCAGCGGCGGCGCCGGGGGGGCAGCGGGGGCACCUUGGACCAACGGCCGUUCCCUCGGCUUGUGAUUUUUCCUUCAUUCUCCUUUUUUUUUCCCCUCCUUUUUCUCCUCUUUCCACGUUUGUUUUUUUUUUUUUUGUCGGUUUUUUGGGAUGCAAACUGCAAACUCCGGGCACCCGAACUGGAACCUGCCCCGAGCCGGCGCGGAGCUGCGGCUCCCUGACAAUUAGGGAAGAUCUCCUCGGUUUUGCCGAUUUCGGACCGUUUCCCCCCCCCCCGCCUCCCGUUUCCCGCCGGGAAGGGGGAGGCGCCGGCACAAAGCACAAGGAAAAGCUCGACGGGGCGAAACAUCUUCCCCUUCUCUCCAAAUAAGGCGCCUCCGGCCCCGAUUCACCGGGACCCGCCGGAAUCCACCCCUUGGCUUCACCCAAAUUGGAUUUUCCGGCCCCAAACCCGUGGCCGCGCCCGGCCCUGGCCCCUUGGGGGUGGUUUUAGGGGGUUUAUUGUUAUUUUUUGCCUCUUUUUGUCUUUUUUUGCCCCCCCGGGCCCGGCCCUGGCACCACCCGAUCCCUCCAGCCACCUCCUAUUAAACACAUUUUUCCACUCUCAAACAGUCUUUUUUUAAAUUCUUUUUCGCUCCCUCGGCUCAGUCCUGCCCUGUCCAGAAUUCCGCUUUUUCACCCCGUUUUCCCAGAACUCUGAACUCCAUCGCUCUCAUUCCAAAGUUUUGCCUCUUCUUCUCCUCCAACGGUUUCGCCACUUUUAGGACUUUUUUUUUUUUUUUUUUGCUUUUGAUCCAUUUUUGGGAGCCCGCUCAGCUGCCUCCUUAAUUUAUUACCAUGGAUCCGGCGUCUCCCUCUCUCCGUAUUUAUUGGGAAGUGAGGAACAGCCGCAGACCCCUGGGGGUCCAUCCGUCCGUCCGGCUCCGGCCCUGUCCCGCUGCUCCCGCCGCCGUUGCUCUUUUUAAAGGGAUUUUUAAAGCGAGUUUCUUCCAUUUAUCCCGUUUUUAAAGCCUUCUCCGUCGCAAAGGACACGGAUCCCUCACUCACACGGGAGCAAUAGUCCUUCCUCGGUGGCCGACGUGUCCGUACUGUAUUUUGUACCCUCAGGCAGCUCUUUCCGGUGAAUUCCUGCUGUAUCCACCCAUCCUCCUGAUCCUGCGUUCUUUGCCACGGAGAAAAUCCAGAAACCACAACGGCGACAAUGGAUUUGGGGGGAAAAAAAAAAACGCUCCCGGCUCCGCGGGACUCACCGGCGUCCGGCCGCGGGACCUCUCCUUUUAUUUUUGAAGAGGAUGAGAUAUAUAUAUAUAUAUAUAAAAAAAUAUAUAUAUAUUCCUUUGGUUUUUCUUUCUUUUGGCUGAAUUGCGGUGAUUUAGCCUUAUUUCUAUGUCGGGAGGGCAGCAGAGUCGCUGCUGGCCCGGCCCAGCUCCAGGGAGCUGGCUAGAAAUACAUGGAAGAGAAAAAAAAAAACAAAAAAAAA